AUGGCAACUAUCGUUGCAGGUAUUGCUGCCGGUGUAGCCGAGAGUUUUGCUGUAUUGACUCCAGGUGAAACAAUCAAGACAAGGAUGAUAGAUGAUCGUGCAGGUGCCAGUAUGUAUCGGUCCACCCACCAUGCUGUGCAAGAAAUCAUGAGGAGGGAGGGUAUUCAGGGUUUUUAUUACGGAGUAUGGCCAGUUGCGAUGAAGCAAUCGGCCAACGCUAUGAUACGAUUCACAAGCUACGGGGCUUUGAAGGAUUAUCUGGGUCCAAGGUUAUCCAGCUAUGGCAUGCCAGCUAGUAUAGUAUGCGGAUCGUUAGCGGGCGCAAUAACGGUUUACUACACAAUGCCUUUCGACAGCGUCAAAACCCAAUUGCAGAGCAUUGAGGGCAGAAUGAUGUACACGGGAUCUUGGGACUGCGUUCGGAAAAUGGUGUCGCGAGGUGGUGUACGAUCGCUGUGGAAGGGGACAACACCUCGACUAGUUCGACUAAGCGUGUCUGGUGCAAUAAGCUUCAGUGUUUAUGAACGGAUUGUGGCUUUUAUGCAAAAUUUCACCCUAGGCUCGCCGAUCGCAUAUGAGAGCAAAUCAUGA